AUGUAGCCACUCAAAAAUCCAUUUGGUAUUAUAGAUCCAAAUGAAAAGCCAAAGCAAAUCCAUAGUAAUCCCUUUGACAUAUGUAUCACUUUUGUUGAUAAUUACAGAAAAUGAAGAUUUGAAUGAAACUAUUAAAUUAGGUGACAACGUGGAAAAUCAAGAGGAGAAUCAUUUAUUGUUUGACUCAUCAAAAUCGCAACCUCAAGAAUACAAUGAAGACAUACCGCUAUUAGAAGGUAAUCCAAUAGACCCAACGAUAAAUUAGACCUUGAUAUAACAUCGCCAUUGCUCAUUAAAUAAAGGAUUAUGAGUGUUCUUUUAUUCUAAAAAUGUGAUAGUGAGUAUUUGGAAGAUCCAGAUCUCUCAGGUCCAGUCCUAAUUGUUGCAGCAUUAGGCUUAUUACCACUAUUGGUAAAUACUUAUUUAAUUCAAAAGACAGGAAAAGUGCAUUUCAAUUAUAUUUAUGGGAUUGGAUUGUGGGGCUGGAUGUUGCUCUAUUUAUUAAUGAACUUUAUGAUUCAACAACAAGGGAAGCAGAUAGAGUUCUAUAAGAUAUUGAGUUAUUUGGGUUAUGGACUGGCACCCAUAGUAUUGUUGACAUUUCUCAGCGUGUUUUUGUAACUGAAGUAUUAAAUAAUCAUUCAUUUUAAUUAGUUCAUCAUUUGGAUAUGCAUUAGCUAUUGUUUGUGCAGUCUGGUCUACUGCCAGUGUUUCAAAAACCUUUGAUACUGUAAAAAUAUAAAAUAACUAUCAGAUUUUAGCAUUGCAACAUAGAAGAUUCUUAAUAGCCUAUCCCUUAUUUCUAUUCUAUUGCACAUUUGUAAUUAUAACAAUAUUUUGAUGAGCAACG